CACGGGUGCAAGCCGAUUGACUUCAGCGGGUGGUAUGUUUGAAGAUGUUGUCGUUAAUACAACGGGAGUUCGGAGUUGAGUGUGGUAAAAUUGUCCAUAAUACUAAAGAUGGCAAGAGCGAUAAGAGUGAACUUGUGAUGGAAAAAUCUGGAUUCAGUGAUGACUUGGGCCACAUAAGCCUAUGGGGAAAUCCUCUUGAAAUUGAGAAAAUUGCAGACUUCACACAAAUUAUCGAGUCUCAAGAGCAGGAGAGGGAAAGCUCCAGGUUUUAUGAUUUCGACAUGUUCGUACCUAUUAGCGAAAAACCCGUUGAGGGGUAUUUAGAUAACAUCCUGUAUUUUAUUCGUGAAGAUGGUGAACAGUUCGUAGCAUUAUUCCCUCAUUCAUCAGUGUCAAAGAAAAUUCUGAGAAUAAGCUCGGAGUUCAACGUUGAUGUUGACCGUUCAGUUGACGCCGUUUCUCGGGAAGUGAUGCUUUCGUUUCCUGCCACUUGCUCGUUUGAAUCGUUUUACAAACUACCUUGUGGGGUGUUCCAAGCAAAGUUUGACACUUGUGAAGGGAAAAUACUAAGCCCUCCUCCGUCUUUUGUAUCAGGAAAACUGACUGUAAAUGUUUUUCCAUAUAACUCCACAGAAGUAAUGUCAGGAAUUCUAGAGGAUAUACUGUUGUUAAAGGAUUUAUAUGCAGCGUACGAAUGCGAUACACCGAUAUGGCUCCUGAAUUCAGAGCUUAGUCCUGACCAGGUAAAGGUGGAGUUUCCCAAAAUUUUAAAUUCAGUUCAUUCAAACACAGUUAACCAACCAGAUGCAAGACCGCAUACAAGUGAUGCUAUUCUACUUUCUAUUCGCCCAUUAGACACAUCUGAAGUAAUCUGGAACACAUUAAAAGGAUCACCAAAUAAACUCACUUUUAAAACGUGUAUUCAAAGCAUUUUUGAGUACCUCGUGGACAAUCGUGAACUGGUUUACGUAAGUUAUUUAAUCGCAUGAGUUUUCUUCAUAAUUACUUUGCGAAGUGGUAUGCUGGCGAAUUUUCCUAAUGAUGACCUCUGUAAAUAUCUUUUUUAAUUGGAUUGUGCGCUGAGUAGUGCAUAAGUGGAGGAAGUAGAAUACCGUUUCUCCGAAAUGCUAAGUUAAAUGUGAUACAAAAGUGCCACCCAGUAAUUUCAAGCAGCAUCUUAUGGAAUGGGGAGUUCCUGUUUUUCACGAAACCGUAUUCCCUUAAAUUUACAUAGGAGCCCAAGUCGGGCAAUGGUAUGAUUUGUUUGUCAUUCAGAUCUCAAUGAACCAUUAUUUUGUGGACGACGUCUUGAACACAAAGCAUUCAAUCCGCGGGUGACAGGGUAAAGAACAAUCACCCAUAGAUUUAGAUCUUUUGAGUUGUAGCAGGUGUUAUUCUCCAUAAGGUAUGUUCAUUUACUUUUGUGACCCUAAAUUUGCUUUUUAACUCAAACAUUAUCCCCAGAACAGUUUGUGAUAUCAAGAAUAAACUUUUGUUGCUUUUAUUUACAUCUAGUGAUCAACUUUCAGUGUCCUGUUACAAAAUGAAGUGCUUCAAAAAUAAAGGUGUUGGGUGAAGAUAGCUUUUGUCUGUACAACUUCAAGUGUUAACGUCAAACACUGAAUACCACUUGUGAUGGUUUCCUUUAAGCUUAGGCAGCAAAAUACACUUAUAUUUCCUUCAGUAAAUGAUAAGACAUAGUGGUAUUUGAAUAGAAAAACAAUUGAAAUUCAGUGGACGCCGUCACCCCAAAAUGGCAUCAGUUUUCAGCUGCAUCACAGUCCUGAAGUAAUAGUAAGCUGGUUAAUAGCCUAUGCAAAACACUCCUGGUCUACAAACAAUAAAGCAUACAUUAAUGACAGAGCCAGGAAUUAAUAUUUAAAAGUACAAAAAGUCACUUAUUGACUGGCUAGUUUUAACAUAAAACUUUGCACAGAAUUGCAUCAGUUCAAGUUUCCACACUCCAUGUAGCACGCAAGGACAAAAGAGAAAGGAAGAGAUUUGAAAGAAUGUUAAUGAGGAGAAAAAAUAUUCACAUGAAAAGAUGAUGGGGUUCAGUGGGUAUAAGAGAUCACUAGGAGCGAAAACAUCUUCCUCACUGAGUCCAAUUUCGAGCCAUAUCAUCAGUAAAUGCUUCAUUCAGAACGACUUUAAGCCAUGUCAUCAAUUGUUCCUAGUUGUUGGUUCUUAGAAUUCUGAGGACAUCAACCAGUAGUCCUAGACCUCUCUGUGUGGCUCAAACUAACGAUUGAGGAUUCCAUGUU